CUGUAUUUCUCUUUCCAGUGCAGCUGCUUAGUUUAACUAGUCUUAUCGCCUCCACAUAGAGAGAACCCAUGGGAAGUCCAGGGUCACUGUUUUUCUCCAUGCACAGGCUUAAAAAAGGGGGUCAAGGCUGAAUAGGUGACAUCCUGGAUAAAUACAACUGGAGCUUGUGGAGUUGCGUGACACUAUUCAUGCUUUCUGGAGCCAUAUGUUUCGUUGUUAACCAUAUUUGACGGACGCCUACUAUGUUUCCUCUGGAAGAGAAGAGUACGAACAACACUUGUUCAGGUUACUGGGAUCAGCAUCCGCACACCAUCCUUUAUAACAUCUUGAGCUGCAGGGACAGUGGCUACCCCAAACACAGCACAGUGCACAGCUGUCACUGUGAGCAGAAGAGGGCAGUUUACCUGAAGGACCCCCACGCUACCUGCCAAGUUGCCUCCAGCAUUCUGGUAAAAACUAUUUGCUUCAUGAGAAGUCUUCCAUCUUUUAGUCAGCUUCCAUCAGGAGAUCAAUCAUCCUUAUUAAGACAAUGCUGGGUUCCUCUUUUUGUUCUGGGUCUUGCACAAGAAAAGAUGGUAUUUGAAGUAACAGAUGUGCCAAAUUCAAGUAUCCUUAGACAGAUUUUGCUUGGGUCAGGACUCACAGAAAAGGAGGCCAAACAACCAACUCUUGCUGAAGUCCACAAUUUGAGAACUUGCUUGCAUCACCUGUGGAAUCUGGAUCUCAGUCCGAAGGAAUAUGCUUACCUGAAGGGUACUAUGUUGUUUAACCCAGCUGCCGAAGGUUUAAGCACCUUGUUGUUAGUCGAAGGCCUUCAACAGGAGGCUCAGACAGCUCUCCAAGAAGUCAUCCACCACCUGAACCCAAAGGACAGCGGCCGCUUCAGCCACAUCCUCCAAGCUGCCUCGGCCAUUCAGACUGUCAGCCACAGCUUGGUCACAGAGCUCUUCUUCAAACCAGUUAUUGGCAACACAAAUAUGUUACAUUUGUUAACAGAGAUGUUAUUUUUACAGUAAGAUCCCCAUGAGGAAGACUUCUAUGAGUGAGUGUUGUAAUAUUGAGUGUUAUACAGUGUAACUAUGAUGAAAUAAAUAAACUUAACAUCAACUUAAGCUUGA